AGGUGCAUUCUUCUGCCCAACGUAUUCACCAAGAACAUCAACGGGCCCCUGCCUUGUCUCAAGCGCCCUCUCCGACGCAUUUCGCCAUGGCGAGUCAGGUGUCCUUCCAGGUGACUUUGCUCAGUGGUGCGGAAGGCAAUGUGACCGCAGAUGCCAGCCAGAAGGUCCUUGAAGUGAGGAGCAAGAUCUUGGAAGCGCUGAACUUGGACGCAAGCAGGGGAGAAGCGUUUUCACUUUUCCUAGACUCAGCUGCGGGUGAAGAAGUGAAGGAUGACUGGAGCAUCGCAGAGAUCUCUGGUCGCAGCAUUCUUGCAGUGGUGCAAUCGGAGCCGGAAUGGUGCACAAAUAAGCGCUUCUCCAAGAGUUAUGUCCACGGACGCCGAUGUGGUAUGGAAGAGACCUCUGAGGACGUCGACCUCAAGAUUUAUGCAGGUGGCACGUUCAGCUACAGCAACAAACACCACGAGCAUGACGCUGAGUGCGGCUACGCGUUUGACUCCAGUUUGACAGCAACUGGUCAGUGGAAGCUUCUUUGGGACGCGUCGGAUAAGUCAGAGGUCUUGCAACUCACAGGAGAAUCCACCACGCACGUCAGACGGACGAUUAGCAGGGGCUGUUACAGUGACCCUGGUGGAUCCGGCGACGAAGAUGACGAAGAUGACGAAGAUGAUGAAGAUGGUGAGGCGGACCAGGACGAAAGCGUGGGUAGAAACUGCGACCGGACCACGACCCAAGCGUUCUCAAAGUCGUUUUUGAAGGCUGAGUUGAUGAAGCCCGAGAAAGGACAUCAUCAAAAAGGCGGUUGGACGGUUUCUGCUUUGUGAAGCGCUGCGUGAUGCGUGGAAGAGUUGUUUUAGGCAUGAGGACGGUGAUGACAGCGAACCGCUGUGCUGCAGACAACGCGGUUGUACAGGGCUACAGACAACUAGAACUGUGACCGCUCCGCGUGUCUGUGUGUUGAUUCUGUCAAAGUACUGGGACUAUUUCGCGCUGAUCUUUGUCACAUCAAUUGUGCAAAGAAACAAGCCUGUGCAGGGAGUGCCAUGCGUGAGCUUUUCCUAUGAAGGAGCAUGCUCCUCCAGGGUUCUUUGUUUGGGUUCCGCGUUUCUGUCCAACAGUCAGAUCACAGCUUCAUUUACGGGCUUGGAAGACAUGGGAAGAGUGCACCAAAGCGAGCGUGACAACUUC